AUGGCGCCCACCAAACGAUCGCGGCGCGACGCUGAACAAGACGAUGAUAUUACAGAUGUACGACAAGCACGGUCAAAUUUUGGGAGGGAUGAUGCUAGAAAACGCGCCAGGGUCACCCUCAAUGGCGAAAGAAGAAUGGAACGAACCCCUCCACGAGAAGAGACACCAAGCGACGAGAGCGAGGAAGACGAGGAUCGCCGAACGAGAAACACUCCCCCUCAAACGCAAUACGAACUCAUGCGAGACAAUGGCUUCAAACAUCUUGAGUAUGCUGACUGGGAUGACGAGCAAGCAACUCAAAAGCUGGCACAGCGGAGUAAUAUUGUGGGAAACAAUAUGGUAUCUGAAAGCGGCAUCAUCGAAAGCAUUACCUGCUUCAACUUCAUGUGUCACGAACGCUUGCACGUUGACCUCGGCCCGCUUAUCAACUUCAUCGUAGGAGAGAAUGGAAGUGGUAAGAGUGCUGUUCUUACAGCCCUAACACUUUGUCUGGGUGGCAAAGCUAGUGAUACCAACCGAGGAGGAAGCCUUAAGUCUUUUGUGAAGGAAGGUACUGAGCAAGGAAGCUUGGUUGUCAAGCUCAAGAAUGCCGGCUCCGAUGCCUAUCAACCUGAUAUUUACGGCGAAUCAAUUAUUGUCGAACGUCAUUUCUCUAAAUCCGGUAGCAGUGGAUUCAAGAUCAAGAGCGCCAACGGCCGAAUCAUAUCAACAAAGAAGCAGGAGGUUGACGAAAUUUCAGAAUGGUACGCCCUGCAUAUCAAUAAUCCCCUAACCGUCCUGUCCCAAGACAACGCGCGACAAUUUCUUAACGCUGCAACCCCUGCUCAGAAAUACAAGUAUUUUGUAUCUGGUGUGCAGCUGGAGCAGUUGGACAAUGAUUACAAGAUGUCGCAGGACACACUCGACAGGACGCUCAUCCUCAGAGAUGAUCUGAACGAAAAGAUCGCGCAUGUCAAGAAGGAAAUGGAAGAAGCCAAACGUUUGUCUGAGACGGCAGACAAGAACAAGUCCCUACGUGAGAGAGGACGGCACUACAUCAACCAGCUAGUUUGGUCCCAGGUUGUGGAACAAGAGCGAGCGCUUGCGGAAUAUGAGAGGGACAUUGACAGACGAGCCCAAGCCAUCAUCGACAAGGAACAACACUGCAACAUAACGACACAGGAGCUUGAGCAGGUCGAGGAGAAGCUCGCAGAACGUCAACAAGCCAAGGAACUACUGGAGCAAGAUCGAGAAUCGUAUGAAGAGAGCAUUGCUAGAGCGACAGAAUCACAUCGGGAGGCAAUAAAGGACGAAUCCGAGCUGCUCAUGGAGGAAAGAGACGCUCAUCAGCGCUUAAAAACAAUCAAAGACGAUAUCAAGGCCUGCAAGUUGAAAAUCCAGGAAGAAGAACGUCGAUUGAGUCAAUCAACUGGAAACGCUAGAGCUGAGAAGGACAAUGAACUCGAACAAGCCCGAGACAAGGAAUCUUUGUUGAGGCAACAAAUGGAAGAGAUACACAGCAGCUUUCCCGAUCUCCAAAGGCGGCUUAGCGAAGCUGAACAAGAUUCGAAGAAGCUUUCGCAGAGCAAAGAACUCAAACGCAAAGAUAUUGUUUCUGUAGAGCAACAGAUUCGACAACUCAAAGAAAAGACCGGAGGGCGUUUCGAUGGUUACGACAGAGAAAUUGCCGACUUGGUUAAGGCUAUCGAGAAUGAGAACGGAUGGGAACAGAAACCUGUCGGACCUAUCGGAGCCCAUAUCCGACUAUCAAAGCCCGAAUGGUCAGGUAUCUUGGAGCGAACUCUCGGCGAAGGACUUAAUGCAUUCGUCGUCAGGAGUAAAACGGACCAGACAAAACUGUCAAAUUUGAUGCGUCGGUUCCGCCUCAGGAAACAACCUCCGAUCUACAUUGCCUAUGGUGGGAGAAUCGACACAAGAAGCCAGGAGCCUGACCCGGCCUUUGACACCAUUCUCAGGGUUCUUCAAUUCGAUGAUGAUAUUGUCAAGUCCCAGCUGAUCAUUGGCAAUCAAAUCGAAAAGAUCAUCCUUAUACGUGAUCGAGAGGAGGCUCAGAAAGUCAUGGUCGAAGGCGUCCCUCCACGCAAUGUAGGAGCCUGUCUCUGUUUCCACGACGGAAGAGGAAAGCGAGGAUGGGGUCUAAGGCUCACCAACCGCAACGGCUCAAUUGGAACGAGUCCAGUUCAACCAUACAACAUGCGACCCCGAAUGCAGACCGAUGCUGAUCAACAAGUUGAGAUUCAGGAAGAGAAUCUCAAGCAUCUGGGGCAGGAGAUGGCCCAGAUCAACCGAGAUGAGCGUCAGGCGCAGCAAGCGGUUCAGCGGUGCAGGACGGAGCUUGAGAAUCAACGCAAAAACAACAAGAAAUACGAAGCUGAUCUUCGCCGAACCCAAGCUGAUAUCGAGCGUAUUCAGAUGGAGAUGGAUGCGUUCGAAGGAGUCGAUGACAGACUUAACAUUCUGCGAGCAGAGCUGGAGUCAAGACGAACUGACGAGGAGUCUCUCGGCAGUCAGUACGGCGAGAUGGCACUGUCGAAACGAGACCUGAAAGCCAAAACCGAAAAGGCUCGCUUGAAGCUCGAAGAAGCAAAGAAUGACUUGGAGGAUUUUGAGUCCAAAGUCAAUAAAGCAUCCGCAAAGAUUGCCACUGCCGAGAACAUGAGGCGAGUUACUGUAGCGAAGAAAAACGAUGCUUUCGAGGCGGUUGAUAUCGAGAAGAACGAAAAGCGACGCAUCGAGGAAAAGAGAGACCAGAAGGCACAAGAAGUGGUCGAUUUCACCGAGCAAGCGAGACAGACGGCACCCGAGCGGGUGCACAUUCCGGACACGGAGACACACGCCAGUAUCGAGACAAAGUAUACCAAGAUCAGGGAACAGCUCAAACAACGAGAGGCCCGUCUUGGAGCCACUGAUGAAGAGAUACAUGAGCGCUCCGCUGAAGCUCAAGCCCGAUACGAUGACGUUAUGAGGCAGACGCAGGACGUUGAUGACACUAUCACCGCCCUGAAGCGUUCUAUCGAAGACCGUCUGGGCAUGUGGCGGAUGUUUCAGCGACAGAUUAGUGCACGCGUCCGCAUCCAGUUUAAUUAUCUUCUCAGCGAGCGAGGUUUUCGAGGUAAAAUUGAUCUGGACCACAAGAACCAUAAGGUCAAUAUUCAGAUUGAACCUGACGAGACGCGCAAAAGCUCAUCUGGAAGAAACACGAAGACUCUUUCAGGUGGAGAAAAAUCAUUUUCGUCUAUCUGUAUGCUGCUGUCAGUUUGGGAGGCAAUCGGUUCGCCUAUUCGAUGUCUUGAUGAAUUUGACGUGUUUAUGGACAAUGUUAAUCGUGCCAUUAGCACAAAUAUGCUGGUUGAUACAGCUCGUCGCUCAGUUUCGCGUCAGUACAUUCUAAUCACUCCCAACGCCAUUGAAGGUCGGGCGAAGCUGGACAAGGACGUCAAGAUCAUUCGACUUACGGAUCCCCGACAACGAACACUCGAUGAUUUCCGAUAG